AUGACUGUUUUCAGGCUGUUCUGUCUAGUAUCGAUUCGACCAGCAUUUUUGAAUGCGGUCGUUUUUACCUUAGCUAACACCGCGAUUGUGCUCACAAAAGAUUCCCCAACAUUUACGCUAAAUCGGGAGCAAUUUGUGGCGAUGCAGCCAAUAACUUUUUCCACCGAAUGCCAAAGCGGGGAAGUCCAUUUUGCUGUUAGCGGCCAAUACAACAACAUUGCCAACUAUCUACCAUCAGUCAAUUGGACAGGCUACGACACGAAGGAUCGGCCCGACUCACCUGAAUGGCGAGCGGGCGAUUUGUACGGUCGCAGCUUCGAUUCGCCCGCUUUCUUUGCACCUACCACCCUUAGCGAAGUCACAUACCCGGAUCCAAACCACUAUCAAAAUUUUCCAAACCUGACCUAUGCUCUGGUUGCGUACGCGAAUAAAUGUGUGGAGACGUCGCCUCGAAUCUAUACGGCACUGCCAUUCGGCCCUGGCGUCCUACAAGGAGCAGAUUUGAAAAGUGACCUCGAUCCGCUUCUCGUUGCCCCUGCUGACGAUAUGCUUUUGCUUGGGUUUAUUCAGACCUUCAGUCCAAGCUGUCAAAUGGAUGUUUAUGGAGUGACGUACGGAGGUGAUCAGAAAGAAACGCGAAAAUUAAUUAAUACUUACUAUUUCGGGGCCUACCGUAUUCUCUAUCGACAAAUCUGGCGUUUCUCCAAGUUGUGGCUGCACAUGGCAGAAUGCACCUAUUCGAUGGCAUUCAAAUCAAUCGAUCGGAACUAUGACGAGGAUUUGAAGGAUUUGGCGCCGAUCACCCCCAAAGCCACCGAACUAUUUUGGUAUACAACUAGCCACAACUUUCCCUACGGCUCCGAUCUGCCGAUUAUCGAGACAAGGGAUUUGACUUACGACAGCAAACAGAGAAGCCUUGGUCUUAGCGUUACUGCAUUAAUUCUCGGGAAGCUGGAUUUGGAGAUGCACAAAGAUGGUGAAAUUCUAUAUCGAAGGUUCACCAACUCAAGCAAGACUUAUUAUUGCACCGCCGCGCUCCAAAAGAUUGUGUUACACUGGAAACCAGACGGCAAGGAAAGUUUUCUACUAACCGAUUGCCAGAUGGGAAUCACGUUUGCCAUAGAUAAGAAUUGCGAAGACUUGCUAAACGGAGCAGUCCCGAAUUUAUCAACUACGUUGGAAUCGACGAGUACGCGCACGAGUCUAAGAACCGAGGAAGAGAGUAUUAGCACCGAUGCGAUAGCGAUUGAAACGACAAAAAGGUUGACUGCUACGAGUCCUUCACCUACCCUUUCCCCAAAGACAAUCGGCUUGAUCGCCGGUGGGGCAUUGUUGGCCGUCAUUGCCGUAUUUGUCGUUGGUAUCAGCUUUUAUCGUAAAAGAACCCGCCUGAAACACAUUCAAAGUCUCUUCGCACGCCAAACGGUCGUUGUAAGACAUAAAGACAACUUGAUACGAUAUGCUAAUCAGCCGCAUGAUUAUCUUGUCGAUCCGUGGGAAAUUGAUUUGGCGUUGCUACAGAUUGAGAAUUUGAUUGGUAGAGGAGCAGUUUGUGAUGUGCUGGAGGCAAAACUACAAGGAAAUUUGCCUUGCACGACUGUUUAUCCUGCACUUGCCCUUGUGAAGAUCUCUGACUUUGGCCAAAGCAAGGUAUCCACAGCGUAUUACUACUCUGGAAAGGGAAAAACGAGCCGUUCCCCGCUGAAAUGGGCAGCUCCUGAAGCGAUUGAGACGGGGAAAUAUUCGGAAGCAUCGGACGUGUGGUCUUUUGGGAUAUUGCUCUGGGAAAUGCACGCGCUUGGGGAUGAGCCAUUCAGCGAUAUCUUAUUGGACGAUUUGUUGGCCCAUUUGAAAUAUGGCGGACGCCCGGCUCCAAAUGCCGACACACCAAGUUGGAUGGUCGACAUUAUGAAAAAAUGCUGGGAACCCGGCGCUGCCGAUCGCCCAGCUUUUCAAGAUCUGACCAACAUUUUCCGAGAUAACCUAAAAGAGCGUCGACGUACGGAAUAUUAUCUGGAUAUUAAUAUCUUAGACGAGCAGCUGGGUUCCGAGGAUAUCAUCGAAACGAUG